AUGACAGAUACUACUAAGAAGGAUCCUGCCGAUUUGAUGGCUUCCUUGAAAAUUGAAGAAGAUAACAAGAAGAUUGAUUCCAAUGAAGUUAAGGACACAAAGGAAACUGAUUCAAAAAGUGAACAAAAGGAAGAUAAGAAGACUGAAAAACCAAAGGAAUCGGACACUAAUUUGAUUAAAUCUGAAUAUGAAGUUAAAGUGAAAUUAGUAGAUAUACAGGCAGAUCCAAAUUCUCCAUUAUUUAGUGCGAAAUCGUUUGAUGAGUUAGGAUUGGCACCUGAACUAUUGAAAGGUGUCUAUGCGAUGAAAUUUCAAAAACCAUCUAAAGUGCAAGAGAGAGCAUUACCUUUACUUCUUUCCAAUCCUCCAAGAAAUAUGAUAGCUCAAUCUCAAUCUGGUACUGGUAAGACAGCAGCAUUUUCUUUAGCAAUGCUAUCUCGUGUCAAUACUGAAAUCGAUGGAACUCAAGCCAUUUGUUUAGCACCAUCAAGAGAAUUAGCAAGACAAACACUUGAAGUUAUUCAAGAAAUGGGCAAGUUUACCAAAAUUACAACGCAAUUAAUUGUUCCAGACUCAUUCCCAAAGAAUGAACAUAUUAAAGCACAAAUUAUCGUGGGUACACCGGGGACAGUAUUAGAUUUAAUGCGCCGAAAAUUAUUGACAUUGAAUAGUGUCAAAGUUUUUGUUCUUGAUGAAGCUGAUAAUAUGUUAGACAAACAAGGGUUAGGUGAUCAAUGUAUUCGUGUUAAGAGAUUUUUGCCAAAAACUACACAACUAGUUCUUUUCAGCGCCACUUUUGCUGAUGCAGUUAGACAAUAUGCCAAGAAAGUUGUCCCAGAAGCCAAUACUUUAGAAUUACAAAGAAACGAAGUCAAUGUUAGUGCAAUCAAACAGUUAUACAUGGAUUGUAACGAUGAGCAGCACAAGUAUGAAGUUUUGUGUGAACUAUACGGUCUUUUAACGAUUGGUUCUUCUAUUAUCUUUGUUGCCACAAAAAAUACCGCUAAUCUUCUGUAUGGGAAAUUAAAACAAGAAGGUCACCAAGUUUCCAUUUUACAUGGUGACUUACAAAGUCAAGAGAGAGAUAGGUUGAUAGAUGACUUCAGAGAAGGUAGAUCUAAAGUAUUAAUCACAACCAAUGUUCUCGCCAGAGGUAUUGAUAUUCCAACAGUCUCAAUGGUGGUCAACUAUGAUCUUCCAACUUUACCAAAUGGCCUAGCGGAUCCAGCAACUUACAUUCAUAGAAUUGGUAGAACUGGUAGAUUUGGUAGAACAGGUGUUGCGAUUUCUUUUGUCAGUGAUAAAAAAUCAUUCAAUACAUUAUCUGCCAUUCAAAAGUAUUUCGGUGAUAUUGAAAUGACCCGUGUCCCAACUGAUGAUUGGGAUGAAGUUGAAAAGAUUGUCAAGAAGGUCUUGAAGGAUUGA